CCGAGUUCCUCCAGACUCUCUUCUUCAUCUCCAGAUCUGCUGAAGCGCUCGCAGAAGAGGAUUAGUCACAUCGAUCGCCAUAUCUAUGCCGAUGGCGAUUAGGGUUUCUCUCGUUCUUCUGCUCUUUUUAUCAUCCGCGAUUGUUUCUCUCUCUCUUUAUGAAGAUCAAGUCGGGCUCAUGGAUUGGCAUCAACGCUACAUUGGGAAAGUGAAGCAUGCAGUGUUCCACACUCAGAAAACUGGAAGGAAGCGUGUUGUUGUGUCAACCGAGGAGAAUGCUAUUGCUUCCCUUGAUCUCAGACUCGGAGAGAUAUUUUGGCGGCAUGUUCUUGGGGCAAAUGAUGUUAUCAAUGGGAUUGAUAUUGCCUUGGGAAAAUAUGUCAUUACCCUUUCCUCGGAAGGAAGUAUUUUAAGGGCCUGGAACCUUCCAGAUGGCCAGAUGGUGUGGGAAACUGCGCUUCAUGGUGUAAAGCAUUCCAAGCCCCUGUUGUUGGUGCCGACGAAUUUGAAGGUUGGCAGGGACUACCCAAUUCUUGUUUUUGGGGGAAGGUCUCUUCAAGCCGUGUCUGGUGUAGAUGGGGAAAUCCUCUGGAAAAAGGAUUUUGAACCUGAUGGCUUAGAAGUUCAGAAGGUUCUCCAACCUUCUGGAAGUAGUAUGUUAUAUGUGCUGGGCUUCAGUGAUUCAUCCCAGGUUGAUGUCCAUCAGAUUGAUGCCAAAACUGGGGAAGCAGUAACACACAAAAGUAUGAUGUUCCCUGGUGGGUUCUCUGGGGAAGUUUCGUCGGUUUCUAGUGAUAAGCUUGCUGUUCUUGAUUCAACUAGGUCAACAUUGGUAACAAUUAGCUUUCUAGAUGGAGAUAUUAGCUUCCAGCAGAAGCUUAUCUCAGAUCUUGUUGAGGAUUCUGGAGAGGUCGAGAUUUUACCAUCCGUUCUUAGCAAUAUGCUUGCUCUAAAAGUCAAUAAACGCACAAUACUCCUAAGAGUCAACGGUGAAGGAAAGAUGGAGCUGGCAGACACAUUAUCUGAUGAAACAGCGAUCAGCAAUUCACUUCCAGUCGCGGAUGAUCAGGAAGCAUUUGCCUUGAUUCAACAUGAAGGAAAUAAGAUUCACUUUGAGGUGAAGCUUGUUAAUGACCGGGAGACUGUAUUGCUUUCGGAGAGCAUUCAAAUGGAACAACAUAGAGGGCUUGUCCAUAAAGUUUUCAUAAACAACUAUAUUAGGACAGACAGGACUAACGGAUUCAGGGCAUUAAUUGUAAUGGAGGAUCAAUCUCUUUUGUUGCUGCAACAAGGGGCGAUUGUUUGGAGCAGGGAAGAUGGGCUAGCUUCGAUAAUCGGUGUCACAACAUCUGAACUGCCUGUGGAAAAGGAUGGUGUAUCAGUGGCAGAAGUGGAGCACAAUCUCUUUGAGUGGCUUAAGGGACAUGUGUUGAAGCUCAAAGGGACCUUGAUGCUUGCAAGCCCGGACGAUGUAGCAGCAAUCCAGGCAAUGAGGUUGAAAAGUUCUGAGAAGAGCAAACUGACACGUGACCGUAAUGGCUUCCGGAAACUAAUCAUAGCAUUAACACGAGCUGGAAAACUUUUUGCAUUGCACACUGGAGAAGGAAGGAUCGUCUGGUCUGUGCUGCUGAAUUCUCUGCGCAAAUCAGAAACAUGUCGAAAUCCGUCCGGUAUUAACUUGUUCCAGUGGCAGAUCCCUCAUCACGCAAUGGACAAGAACCCUUCUGUUCUUGUAGUUGGCAGGUGUGGUCCGGGUUCAAGUGCUCCCGGUGUACUUUCCUUCGUAGAUGCCUACACGGGGAAAGAGCAUAGCUCAUUAGGUGUUGAUCACUCUGUUGUGCAAGUAAUAUCUCUGCCAUUUACAGACUCGACUGAACAGCGUUUACAUCUGAUGGUCGAUACCGAUCGUCGUGUCCACUUAUACCCAAAAACUUCAGAAUCUCUCAGAAUCUUUCAGCAGGAGCUUCAAAAUGUGUACUGGUACUCGGUUGAGGCUGACAAUGGUAUUAUAAGAGGGCAUGCAAUGAAGAGCAGUUGCUCCGAUGAGACUGCAGAUGUGUACUGCUUUACUACCCGGGAACUAUGGACCGUUGUCUUCCCCUCAGAAUCGGAGAAAAUUAUUUCGACACUAACACCAACACCAAAUGAGGUUGUGCACACACAAGCGAAAGCCGUAGCGGAUCAGGAUGUAAUGUAUAAAUACAUAUCAAAAAACCUACUGUUUGUGGCUACUGUUUCACCAAAAGGUGAUGGUGAUAUUGGUUCAGUUACACCAGAGGAGUCGACACUUGUGGUAUACCUCAUCGACACUAUCACCGGCCGUAUACUGCACAGGAUGUCACAUCAAGGUUGUCAGGGGCCAGUUCAUGCUGUUUUUAGCGAGAAUUGGGUUGUCUACCAUUAUUUCAAUCUCAGAGCUCACAAGUACGAGGUUACUGUCGUCGAGAUCUAUGACCAGUCCCGGGCGGAGAAUAAGAAUGUCUGGAAGCUUGUUCUUGGAAAGCACAAUCUAACGGCACCCAUCUCUUCGUAUUCACGUCCGGAGGUGAUAACGAAAUCACAGUCGUAUUUCUUCGCUCAUUCCGUGAAAACAAUGGCGGUAACAUCAACAGCAAAGGGUAUAACAUCAAAGCAGCUUCUCAUCGGUACCAUAGGAGAUCAGGUUUUGGCACUCGAUAAACGCUUUGUGGAUCCACGACGGACAUUGAACCCUUCACAAGCCGAGAAAGAAGAAGGGAUCAUCCCUCUCACGGAUUCAUUACCCGUCAUUCCUCAGACAUACGUCACUCACUCGCUCAAAGUUGAAGGGCUGAGAGGGAUAGUAACGGAACCGGCGAAACUAGAAUCGACGAGCCAUGUAUUUGCGUACGGAAUGGACAUAUUCUACACUCGGCUCGCGCCUUCGAGGACAUAUGACUCGCUCACGGAUGAUUUCAGCUACGCCCUCCUCUUGAUCACGAUCGUGGCUCUCGUCGUGGCUAUCUACGUUACUUGGGUCUUGUCCGAGAAGAAGGAACUACGCGAUAAAUGGAGGUGAUUCCACACAAAAAAAAAACUCUUGUUUUUUUUUUUGGGAGAUAGCUUGAGUUUCAACUUGGAGAAACUUUUUUUUUUUGUUUAAGCAAAAUAUUAGUACUGCUCCCAUUAAUUUUUUUUACUUGUCGUUUUGGUUUCGGUUCAAGAAGAGAACACGUUGUCUUCGAUUAGUUUCUUGAUGUAGGCGAUGACAUGCAGAGUACAAGAGAGAAGCUUGUCUUCUUCACA